AUGAAACAAAAUAAUGGCUCUAUCAAUAAUAAUAAUAAUAAAAAUAAUCUCUUAUCAAUAUCAAAUGAAUCUCCAAAAUUAUGGGCAAAUCAUUUCAGAGUUAUAACAAAAAACAUUUCACCACAAACAUCACCAAUUUUAAUAUCACCUCCACAAUCACCACCAUUAUUACCAAAUAAUAAAAAUAAUAAUAAAAAUAAUAAUAAUAAUAAUAAUAAUAAUAAUAAUAAUAAUAAUAAUAAUAAUAAUAAUAAUAAUAAUAAUAAUAAUAAUAAUAAUAAUAGUAAUAAUAAUAAUAAUAAUAAUAAAAAUAAUAUUAAUAAUAAUUUUAAUAAUAAUUUUAAUAAUAAUAAUAAUAAUAAUAAUAAUAAUAAUAAUAAUAAUAAUAAUAAUAAUAAUAAUAAUAAUAAUAAUAAUAAUAAUAAUAAUAAUAAUAAUAAUAAUAAUAAUAGUAAUAAUAAUAAUAAUAAUAUUAAUUUACCAUUUUUAAUACCACAACAGAAACAACCAUCACCUUAUCAAUCACCAUUAUCAACUCCAUUCCAAUCACCUUUACCAACUCCAUCACCACUUUUAUUAAACUCACCACUCCCAUCACCAAAUCAAUCGCCACGCCAAACUUUAACAAAUAACCAAUCACCACGUUUGAAUCAACAGUCGGGGGAAAUAAAUCAACGCCAAGAACCAACUGUUCAUAGAUCAUACAAAAAAAGAACUCCUACUCCUACACCUUAUUCGCCAUCAAAUAAAAAUGUAAAUAAUACCAACAACAAUAAUGAUUCCAACAACAACAAUAAUGAUUCCAACAACAACAAUAAUGAUCCCAACAACAAUAAUAAUGAUUCCAACAACAACAACAAUAAUGAUUCCAACAACAAUAAUAAUAAUAAUUCCAAUAAUAAAAAUAAAAAUAAAAAUAAAAAUAAAAAUAAUUAUAAUAAUUCAAAUAAUAAUUCAAACAAUAAUAAUAAUAAUCCAAAUAAUAAUAAUAAUAAUUCAAAUAAUAAUAAUAAUAAUAAUUCCAAUGAUAAUAUUGAACCUAAUUUAACAAAUCAAAAUGAUUCAAUUCAAUACCGUAAAGAAUUAGAAAUACAAAAAGCAUAUAAGAGAUCAUUGGGUUCGUCAAACAAUCCAAAUAAUAACAAUAAUAAAAAUAAUAAUAAUAACAAUAAUAAUAGUAAUAAUAACCAUCAACCAAUGAAAAUUACUUUUAGUCAUAAUUAUUAUGAUGAUUUUUCAGAUUCAAAAGAAGAACUACCUCCACUACCAAUUUUAAAUGAUAAAUGUAAAAAUAGUAAAUUUAAUUAUGAAUGUAAAUUACCUGUUUGUAUUGUUUGUAGAAAUGGUAUACCACCUUCAUUUAUAAAUGAAAAACCAUUUUGGGUACACAUUCUAUAUUUAACUUUAUAUUCAUUAAAUAAGUCUGCUGAAUAUAUUGAAGAAAAUUUUCCAGGUAAAGAUUAUAUUCAUUUCGAGAAUAAAAAAGUUGCAGAUGGUAAAAGGUUUUUUAAAUUACUAAAAGAUAUUUUUAAAUUUAUUGAAGAUCAUUGGGACUUAAUUUGUUUUAAGAGUAAAGAUUCUAAUUGGGGUCAUAUUGCUGGUAUGACACUAUCACAUUAUCCAAUUUUAUUUGAAAAUGGAUACUCAUCAUUUGACAGCACUGGCUAUUGGUCAAUUUCAGACACUUCUGUUGAUCCUUAUUCAGUUAGUUUUUUAUCAGAUUUAUAA